AAGCCGAGGUAGAAGGUAGAGGCAGGAGGAACCACAAGGAGACCGAAACAAUGACAACUUCGACUUCACUUCUCGGACUGUUAAUUCUGGUUACGCUUGCAGGGAACUAUGUGGGAGCCCAAACAUCGUCCACCAUUGUUCCUUCCCAGACAGUGUCAGUUGCUGCGUCCGAGACGUCAACAGUUGUGGCGUCGGCCAGCGUGACAUCAUCUUCAUCAGUGUCAGCAUCAGCAUCAGCAUCAGCAUCAGCAUCAGCCACUUCCACAACCUUGCCCACAACAACCACAACGGCUGGGUCGUCAGAGAAAACUUCCUCCACCAUUCUGUUUUUCACAGUAACCAUGGCGUCACUGUUAUUCGUUGCCACCAUUGCUAUGUAAUUACUUCAUAAUCCGUGGUAUAAUAGACGUCAUUGUCGUCCCCGUCAUUGUGAAAUGGCAUCUAUAUCUGCGAUAUGAAUACAAGGGUAUGUAAGCGAACACCACAGUGAAUACUUUCAGUGCGGCGUCUCCGUGGACAUGAAGAUUGGUAUGACGCCAGGCUGGUCGACUGAUCCGAUAAACACACUGACGCCAUGACACCCCAGUGAAUUCCCCGACGCCACAGAUUACACGCCGAAAUAAACAUACACCACGUGAUACCUUUGAAGACAUACCUGAUACCAAGACUGUUAAAUGGUCUUGCAAUCUUAAUGCGAAUUUAAAUUAAUCUUUAUAUAUUUUUAUACAGAAAUAAAGAAUAUAUUUCUAUUGCUA